ACGGUCUCAGGAGUAAUAACUAUCGCUAGAGAACCUCACCUCUUUAACAAUGAUCCACGCUGUCGUCUGCUCCUUGGCAGUUUUCGCCUUGUUACACGUACCAGCAGCCUCCAGUGGAUCUGGAUCCUGUCCGACUCUCUUCAACUUCUACGCGCAUCCUACAGACUGCAGCAAGUUUUACCGCUGUUUCUGGGGAUCGCCCAUCGAGUUCUCUUGCCCCGCCGGUACACACUGGAACCAACACAUCCUCACUUGCGACCACGCCUACAACGUACCGUGCGCUACUGCCAUCUUAGAGCCUAUCUACAAAUUGGUGAAGGAUGAUGGCUACGGUUAUCAGAAGGUCGGCUUCGUCAACUACGACGGCAGCAAGGGUUACGAAAAGGGCAACUACGGGUACGUAACCAACAAGGGUUACGACAAUGGUAACUACGGAUACGAAAGCAAUAAGGGAGACAAAGUUUACGAAGGCUCGUACGUGAGGUCCAACGACUACGACAACUACGGCAGCUACUCGGGAACCUCUGGCUACACCAAGCAGACCUACCCACCCAAAGUUGGACACAACUACGGAGGCUUCGCAGCUAGAGCAGGCUACACUAACUACAACAACGGCUACGCCAGACCACAGUAUGUCACCAACGGCUACGCCAGACCACAGUAUGUCACCAACGGCUACAUAAAGCCCAACUACGGGGUUACUCAGCGGGAGGUUACGCUUCACGUGCUGCAAGCGGGUAUGCCCGAGUUGGAGGAAGGGUAUAUGGAAAGGCUUCAUACGCCACCAGGAAGAUCUGGAUCCUGUCCGACUCUCUUCAACUUCUACGCGCAUCCUACAGACUGCAGCAAGUUUUACCGCUGUUUCUGGGGAUCGCCCAUCGAGUUCUCUUGCCCCGCCGGUACACACUGGAACCAACACAUCCUCACUUGCGACCACGCCUACAACGUACCGUGCGCUACUGCCAUCUUAGAGCCUAUCUACAAAUUGGUGAAGGAUGAUGGCUACGGUUAUCAGAAGGUCGGCUUCGUCAACUACGACGGCAGCAAGGGUUACGAAAAGGGCAACUACGGGUACGUAACCAACAAGGGUUACGACAAUGGUAACUACGGAUACGAAAGCAAUAAGGGAGACAAAGUUUACGAAGGCUCGUACGUGAGGUCCAACGACUACGACAACUACGGCAGCUACUCGGGAACCUCUGGCUACACCAAGCAGACCUACCCACCCAAAGUUGGACACAACUACGGAGGCUUCGCAGCUAGAGCAGGCUACACUAACUACAACAACGGCUACGCCAGACCACAGUAUGUCACCAACGGCUACGCCAGACCACAGUAUGUCACCAACGGCUACAUAAAGCCCAACUACGGGGGUUACUCAGCGGGAGGUUACGCUUCACGUGCUGCAAGCGGGUAUGCCCGAGUUGGAGGAAGGGUAUACGGAAAGGCUUCAUACGCCACCAGGAAGUAUGGAAGUUGGAAUGGGAAAAAAUAAGAUGGCGGACAUCUGUGAUGCUGACUUUCUACUCUGUCCACCGAAGGUCACAUGACCUUCACCCUUGGACGUUCUUGACACUGUCUUUCCAUUGCGCGGGUACAAAACUCUAGAAGCUGUAUACAUAGUAUGACCUUUGUUUGAUUCUAUUCUUGUUUCUGCCAAAUAUUUGUGAUAACUUCAGUUAUAUGCUUCACCAGUUCAAGACAACGCGUAGAUCACUAACAUUCUUGAUUUGUCUUGCAGACUGCAGUCUCGACGAUAAAACAAUUGUUUUAUAAUUUAACAGUGACUUACACCAAGUGUAGAACUAAUCAAGAUCGCUUCAGACAAGUGAGUCAUGUAGAUGUAUUGGUCUGGUACACUUGAGUGUGACUGAGGUCCUAAGAUGCAUACAGGAACACCUUCCAAAAGUCCAUUGGACACAGUCACUAGUGAGUGUUUGGGGUUCCAUGUAGGGUCAUCUUGUUCAGGUAAUUUAUCUACCAGCUGAACUAUGUAGAGUAUUUGUAGUGCAGCCACACACUGCUGUUUUAUAGCCUUCCCGAGCACCAGUCUGUGGCGGCGUAGCUAUUAAUCUAGUCAGUACAGGUAUUGUGCCACGACGCACAGUGUACCAAUAGAUUGAGCUCUCAGCUUUAUGCAGCGCGUCUUCGUGGGGUAACGUAUGUACAGUUGGUGAUUACUCAGUGUUCGGAGUGGCAGCGUAAAUUAGCCAGACUUGCCCAAAUUUUAACCGUAGCAGUAGUUCCCGUUCCCGUGCCUGUUAGUAGUCACUGCAGGUGGUCCUUCGUCUACAGCUUCGCAAGGUUCCGGUUCUAGUUGGACACCGGGACAGAUUUCCGAGUGACGACGGAAACCAGCGAACAUAUACAGCGUGGUUCAUCUAAUGACGUCACUUUAGACGAACCAGAGUGUACCAAAGUAGACAGGAGAACCGAGAUUUGGAGGUCUUUCGCGUUAGGUUCCGGCAUACUUCAGUAGAUUUUUGUACAUUCUAGUUUGAUAUUGGGGCGGUUUUCUGUCGUCUCCUAUUUAUUUCUGAACCCGUGUCAUGUUCUGAUGAAAAAUGCAUAGUAUAUUUCUACCUUAUUUUUAUACACACGUGUAAAUGUACUUUUGUGAUGACAUCAUGUUCUGUUUCAAUAUAACUGGAAUAAAGGUUGGGUAUGACAUUA